AUGAAAACAAUAACACUUUUCAUAAGAGCGAUGUUAAUACUCACCAAUGUGUAUCUUCAUUUAGCAACAACCGAUGCAGUAGAUCACCACCUCAAAACCACCUCCAAGGGACAGAUCCAGUGCACAAUGUGUGCUUCUUGUGAUAAUCCAUGUAACCAGGUUCCGUCUCCACCGCCACCUUCAUCCACAAACAACUGCCCUCCCCCUCCAACUGGUGGUAGUGGAAGUGGAGGUUCAUCGUACUAUUACUCUCCACCUCCACCACCUCCGUCAUCCAGCAGCGGCGGCGGAGGUGGAGGAGCUUACUAUUAUUACCCUCCUCCUAGCAACAGAUACUACGGUCCAGCACCGCCGCCUCCUAAUCCGAUAGUUCCUUAUUUUCCUUUUUACUACUACAGUCCUCCGCCACCCUCCGCCGCGCCUCCAUCGUCGUCUCGCUCUCUCUUGAAUCCAGUUGUUCUCUCAUCCUUCUUGCUUUUGUUGCUUUGA